AAAACACUGCAAACACACAAUCAAACAAUCCUUUCCAAUCACUCCAAAUAGUGUAAGAAAAAACCAGCUCGGUGUGGCGUGAUAUUUUCUCCCCCGCUAUAAAUAUCCGUCGGCCAGAAGAGCAGCGGCAGCAGCAGAACGAGCAUGGCGACGAAGACCGUUUGUGUGACCGGCGCAUCGGGCUACAUAGCGUCCUGGAUCGUCAAAUUUUUGCUCCAGCGAGGCUACACCGUCAAAGCAUCUGUUCGUGAUCCCAACGAUGCAAAGAAGACACAGCACCUGCUUGCACUUGAUGGAGCCAAGGAAAGGCUUCACUUAAUGAAAGCAAAUCUGCUAGAUGAAGGAUCCUUCGAUGCCUUGGUUGAGGGUUGUGAAGGUGUUUUUCAUACUGCCUCUCCUUUUUAUCAUGCAGUCACUGAUCCACAGGCAGAAUUGAUCGAUCCUGCUCUAAAGGGGACGCUCAAUGUUCUCGGCUCUUGUGCGAAAACACCAUCCGUCAAAAGGAUUGUAUUGACAUCUUCAGUAGCUGCAGUUGCAUACAACGGUAAACCUCGAACACCUGAAGUGGUAGUCGAUGAGACUUGGUGGUCCGUUCCAGAGGUUUGCAAGCAGAUGCAGAUGUGGUACGUACUGUCGAAGACCUUGGCCGAGGAUGCCGCCUGGAAGUUUGUGAAAGAGAAGGGUAUAGACAUGGUUGCUAUAAACCCGGCAAUGGUGAUUGGCCCUCUGUUGCAGCCAACACUUAACACAAGCGCAGCUACAAUUUUGAACUUGAUUAAUGGCGCAGAAACUUUCCCAAACAACACCUUUGGGUGGGUGAAUGUCAAGGAUGUGGCGCAGGCACACAUUCUAGCAUAUGAGAAUCCCUCGGCCAAUGGAAGAUAUUGCUUGGUGGAGAGCGUCGCACACUACUACGAAAUUGUUAAAAUAUUGCGCGAACUUUAUCCUAACUUUAAACUCCCGGAAAAGUGUGCUGAUGACAAGCCAUUUGUGCCCACAUACCAAGUCUCAAAGGAGAGGACUAAAUCUCUAGGCGUCGAAUACACCCCUCUUAAAGAAGGGAUCAAGGAGACUGUCGAGAGCUUGAUAGAGAAGAACUUCUUCGCCCCCACAUUGACUGCUUGAAUCCAUUAUUGCCAACCGUUGGAGCCAUAUUCGAGUAAGUUAAUUAGCUCAAUCUUUACAAACCUAUAUAUAGCUCUCUUUAGAGCACAUGAAUAAGUAAGGCUUGGCCUCCCAGAUCUUUGUAGUGCUGGUAUUAUCUAUGAUAUUGGAAUUUUGGCGUACCCGUUAUGAUUUCAAAUGCUUGUGUGUGCAA